AUGUGUGGUGUAUACAAAGCUGCAUCUUGCACAUUUUCAGUUAUAUGUUUGUCACAGAGCUUUACAGACCAAGACUUGCUGGGACAAGCCCUUGAAGAUGCCUUGGAGGUGUUGCAGCAACAUUCCUAUGGUGACUGUAAUUAUGCGCCAGAAGACUUUAAAAACUGUCUGACUUACCAUCACCAUUCUCUCCAAGCAAAUCCAAGUUACCUAUCAGAUAAACCAAUAUAUAGCUGGAGUGAAACACCAACUUUACUAAAUACAGAGGCAGAUUUUUAUCUGGGUGCAACUGAGUACCAUACUCUGCAGACCGUUCCAGAAAAUCCAGAGAUGUAUGUCAUACCUUUGCAGCAAAAAGGCAGGAAAGGCAGGAAGAAGCUACGCCUGUUUGAAUAUCUUCACGAAUCUCUCCAUAAUCCAGACCUGGCAAACUGCAUCCAGUGGUUAGAUAAGCCCAAUGGUGUCUUCCAGUUUGUUUCCAAACACAAGGAGAAAUUGGCAGAACUGUGGGGGGAACGCAAGGGAAACCGGAAGAUCAUGACCUACCAGAAAAUGGCCAGAGCUCUGAGGAAUUACGGAAGAACAGGAGAAAUAAUCAAAAUCCGAAGGAAACUGACCUAUCAGUUUGGUGCCAUAGCUUUGCAAAGGCUUUCUCUGGCUUGCUUUCCUGGGAAAGAGGGAGAUUUUGAUCUCUAUCAUCAAGGUGAUCAAAAGUGCCACUAUGCAGACAGCUGGCUUUCUUAUCAUUAUUACAUGUAUAACAAGGAUCAUGAACUACAGCAGCUUUAUAGCAAUACAAAUCCAUUCUGUUAUGAGUCUUAAAGAAACUUUGAAGGACAGCAACUCUUCUCCAGCGUAUAUUCCCCCAGCCCCUUGAGAUAUCACAUUAUGCAUCUGCACGUUUUUUCUUUUCUUUUUUAUGCUCCCUAAACUAUUAACUCACUAGAAACCUGAAAACAUAUGCAAGCUUUCAGAUUCACGUAAACCAUUCUUCAGUCUUAGCUGGGAUGGCCGUAGGAGAUGUUUAAGGCUAUACUCCACAUGUGCCUGAGAGUAAGUCCCACAGAAACUUGGCAAGGCUUGC